UUAAUAAAAUUACCAACAAAAUACAUAAAUAUAAAAAGAACACAAAAAGUUAUUAUUAAAUACAUUUUUUCUGAAGAAAUUUAUUAACUAGGCCUUACUUAAAUCAAUACAUAUAAGUAUGACUUUUCAAGAUCGAGGGACCAGUAUUUAGACUGGCAGGUGUGGUUCCAUGUAGUGUACACCUGUAAAUUUUGCACAUUCUUCCUGAUUUCUAACUAAUCCUGAAAAACCCCAUAAUAGAAAUCUAAGCUUUCGUCAUUCUUUUUGUAGUUUUAGGAAAUUAUUUGUUCAAGAAUGGCUUCUCUGUCUACUUCAACUUCUUUUAACAGUAACCUUAAAGGGUUUAUUCUCGCUGUUCUUUCUGGUAUUUUCAUUGGGUCAAGCUUUAUUAUCAAGAAAAUUGGCCUCCAACGUGCUGGGGCAUCUGGCACUAGAGCUAGUUCUGGUGGAUAUGGAUAUUUGUUAGAGCCACUCUGGUGGGUUGGAAUGGUGACUAUGAUUGUUGGGGAAUUUGCUAAUUUUGUGGCUUAUAUUUUUGCUCCUGCUGUACUUGUAACUCCACUUGGGGCAAUAAGCAUUAUUGUUAGUGCUGUUUUAGCACACUUCUUCUUAAAGGAGAAAAUGAAGAAACUGGGCAUGGUAGGGUGUCUUCUGUGUGUAGUAGGGUCUACAUUGAUUGUGCUUCAUGCUCCCGGUGAACACAGUCUGACUUCAGUGGAUGAGAUAUGGGAAUUAGCGACUCAGCCUGCAUUUCUUCUGUAUGUGGCAUCAGCAAUAGCUGUAGUCCUGGUGCUGGUUUUGUAUUGCGAGCCACGAUACGCUCAGACAAACAUGAUGGUUUACAUUGGCAUAUGCUCUGUAAUUGGUUCUUUGACGGUUAUGAGUAUUAAAGCCAUAGGAAUUGCGAUAAAACUAACAAUAGAGGGUUCGAGCCAGGCGGCACACUUCCAGACAUGGGUUUUUGCAAUGGUUUCAAUUAGUUGUAUAAUAAUUCAGCUCAAUUAUUUGAACAAGGACUGGUCUGGUCAGAGUGCCAGCAAUAUUGUCUCUGCGCUUUGUGGAUUUAUAACUGUUCUGUCUGGCACUAUAGUUUUGCACAGUACAAGAGACCGAGUUCCAGCGGCAACAGAUAUCUAUUCAUUCAAUUCUCCUCAAGUCUCGUGGCUUUACAUAAAUGGAGAUGCUUGGAAGGAGAAAACCGAUUAUGAGCUAUCCCCUGAUUUAACUGCAAUGCUUAAACAAGAUCAUUUCAAAUAAGAUAAAGAUAUCUGGAUCUACUUGUGUCAUCUCUGCACCUCCUGGAAAACAUGAAGCAAAAGAUGGAAAAAUCUCCUUGUUAUGCAUUUUUGAAGAGUGAAAUUGUCCGUGACAUUUGAUUUUAUCGAGGCAUUCAAUUCAUUCGUUUGAGGUGUAACGGAUAGUGGUGCAGGCCAAUAUCUCAUGGUAAUGAUCUUGAUUUUUCCGUUGCCUUCUGUAAGCGCCUGCUUCCGCUUCAUGUAGCUUUAUUUAUAGCUUUGUUGGGCUGCAACCUGUUCUUUCUGCCACAGGUCUCUAUCUAUUUCCAAUGUACAGUCUGCCCACCAGCAUGAGAAACUGUAAGAAUGAUCUACUACUUUCCUUUUGAUGAGAGACAUUUUACUUAAAGAUUUUCAUUUGUUACCAUUCACUCGAUGCUUGCAUUUUGUCAUCGAUCUGGGGGGUAAAGGAAAAGCUGCCAUUUUUGCAACCCUGUAAACAUAAGUUCUUUUUUUGCGUAUAUAGCGGACUCCUACAUCUUUGGAAUUGUUCAUGAUUGUAUUGCUUUUAAUUUUUGGACAUGUAUAUAAUAUAUCUAUACAUUAUUCUUAA